GGUAAAUUGCCCUGGCAUCAAUUGGGAGACACUGAAAACCGGGUUGCUGGAAACUUUGCCGCAGUUCGGAGGUUCAGGUCACGCGGAAAGUUUGGCUGAAUAGCUGCCUCCAUGGGCCCCUCUACGACCGUGUUGCUUUCGAACCAAUUCUGUUGUCAAGCUGGCCAUGAAUUCCCCGAAUUCUCUCAUGUCCAAUAUCUCACCAAAGCUACACAAAAUCCAUCUAACGUUACCUUACCUACCUAGAUACUUGAACACUUAUUAGGUUCUCGUUCUUGCAGAUCUGGGGCGAGUUCCCUGUCAUCCUGCCCCGAGCAUCCGGAGCCGAAGCGGGGGUGGGCCACCCUAGCACAGGCUCCACCCCUUGGUCCCGGUCCACUUGAAUCCCUUCUUCCAGGCUUCUCGGCAAAGCAACUCCGACAAACCCGACGUCAAGCUAAACCCCCCCACGCGUCACCAUGUCUGCGGAGCUGGUGCGCGAUGAAGACUACCUGUCGGAAGAGGACUCCGAUUUCGCACCGGAAGAGGCGCCCGCAGAGGAGUCCUCCGUGUCGGAUGACGACGAGGCCGCCGAUGCUGAGAAAUCAACCCAGGGCAAGCGCAAACGACAAGACGUCGAGGAUGGCGCAGAGGAUGCUGGCUUUGAGAACUCGGGAGAUGAGGCAAUCAUAGAGAAGGGAAAGAGGCGGCAGAAGAAAGCCAAGAGGAAAGAUGGCGAGGCGGACGAAGACGAAGGAGGUGAAGGAGGGCUGAUCAAGACGCGCCGGAUGCGCGCAGCCGAAAAAGCCGAAAAGCGCGCAGAAGUCGCCAGCGGUCCCGUUACUAUCGACGUGGAUGCCCUCUGGGCUCAGAUGACGAGCGAGCCCGUCGGGAAAAAAAUCCAAGCCGAGCCCGCAACCACACAGCCAACAGUGGACGGCAUCAAGCCUCCUUCACAGCCCCAACAAUCCACAGAAAAUAACAAGGCUGACGAACUCGACCUCAUUCGCAUAAAACGAACCUACAACUUCGCCGGCAAGGUCCACACCGAAGAAAAGCUCGUCCCCCGCGACUCUGCCGAGGCGAAGCUCUACCUCGCCGAGAAGGGCGCGGACGCGGCCGCCUCAGACAAUUCAUCCUCUCCGACACAGAAGCGCAUGCCCCGCAAAGCCUUCCGCUCCGCCUUCGAGCCCGUCGCGUCCGACGGACCGGCCCACCGCUCCGAUCUCAACCUCGCCAUGUCGGAGCGCUUGCGGGCGCGGGAACUGGCCAAGGCGGACGCCAAGAAGCUGAACACGGUCGAGAAGAGCAGGAUGGAUUGGGCCGGGUUUGUGGACCGUGAGGGCAUCAAGGACGAGCUGGAGCUGGCGGGCAAGUCGAAGCACUCGUUUGCGACGAGGCAGGACUUCCUGGCGAGGAGCGAGGCGGUGCGGGAGCAGGAGGCGCGGAGACUGCGUAUGGCGGGGAAGGCUUGAAGAAGUUGUUUUUGAGGCGUAUGGUGUACUGUUACUGGUUGGGAAAAGGGACGCGGCGUUUGGGCGGAAUACCCGUUGGGAUAGAAUUCACAAACUUCAUCGCAAAAUUUACAAGAGGAUCAUGCCAUCCAACUAC